AUGCCUUCAAAUAUCAGCAUGACAAACAACAGCUCACUCCCUUUCGGCGCAAAGAAUAUUCAACCCAGCUUUGGAGGAGGACACCUCAGCCGGGCACCACCGCCAGGCUCACAUCGCGGGGGCUUUGCGCCCCCGAGUUCAUAUGGACCAAAUCUAGGCCGAACUGUUCCAGCUACACAAGUCGAAGUGAAGGCGCCGGCAGAUGUUAAGCAAUUACGUUUGAUUCACAAAACCUUGGAGAAUCUCCUUAAUCAUGGCCCCGAAUUUGAAGCCCUGCUUAUGAGCCGACCGGAAGUCCAGAGAGAGGAAAAAUGGGCUUGGAUUUGGGAUGCAAGAAGUCCUGGUGGAGUUUACUAUCGCUGGAAGUUAUGGCAGGUCAUCACAAACCCCCGGUCUCACGGUAAUCGAAAGUCAAAGAGUCAAAAGCCGUCGUCUGUUUUUGAGGAUGGAGCCCGCUGGUUUCCCCCGGAAAGAGAUAUCAAAUUCGAGUUCACAACACGCCUUGACGAAAUUAUCUCUGAUGAAGACUACAACUCUUCCGACGAGGAGCAGUCGGAUGGUGAAGAUGAACGACGAAAUCUUGGAGGAGCACCGCCUUCAGAGGGAGGGAAUGGCCCAAAUGAUGGAACCGGGUACAUGAACCCGUUACAAAAGGCCAAGCUCACUCAUCUACUCGCUCGCCUACCGACAACCCAUGCUAGACUCCGACGAGGCGAUAUCGCGCGGACUACUGCUUUUGCCAUCGAACACGCAGGACUGGGUGCCGACGAAGUUGUUGAUAUGAUUGUCCUGAAUAUUCUCAAUCCACUGGCAUAUACUGGUGCCAACCCUGACCGAGAUUUGGAAAAUGAUGCGGCAAAUCGGGAGAGUCACGAAAAAGAUAAUGAUAACCCCUCUAAAGGAAAAAUGGACCUCUCUGCCGCCAAAUUGGUCGGGUUAUACACCAUCUCGGAUAUCCUCUCAUCAUCAGCCACUAGUGGGGUUCGCCAUGCCUGGCGAUAUCGGCAGCUUUUCGAAUCAGCCUUACGCUCGCAGAAAGUCUUUGAACACCUUGGUCGACUUGAGAAAGACCUUCAUUGGGGACGACUCAAGGCAGAGAAAUGGAAGCGGAGCGUGGGGACCCUACUUCACCUCUGGGAAGGGUGGUGUGUUUUUCCGCAGUCAAGUCACGAGCAUUUUGUCCAGAUGUUUGAGCAACCACCUCUCACCGACGAAGAGUUACAAAAAGAAAAGGAGAAGGCAGAAGUUGAACAAACCAGUAACGCCUUUUCUAAGAAAAAGAACCGAUGGAAGACGGUUGACGAUGAAGACCCGGGAUCCAGUUAUUUCGAUCAAAGUGGGCCAUCCGAGAUAGAAAACGCAGCUCAUCAGGCACCUGGCAGGGCGUACCCCGCCGAAGACGAAUCGAUGAGCGACAUCGAUGGCGUUCCCAUGGAGGACAGUGAUUUGGAGAUGCCCGACGAAGGAGAGCCGAUGGAGGAAGAAAGGACGCCACGAGAUAGCGACGUUGUCAUGAACCAACCACCAGAGCAGCCCGAAGAUGUCACCAGGCAGCAAAAUCCAGAAGCAGAAAAACGAGAACCCGCCUCCCGACGUCCUCGAAGACCACGGCCCAAAGCCGAGGACAUGUUUGCGUCAGACUCGGAGUGA